CUUGUGGCUAUGAAGCCACAAGCCAAGCCUUUGUAUGUGAAAACAAAACAUGGCCGCUGUCGGGGAAAGUCUGAUGCUGGAGAGGGACAUCAAGCGGGCCUGCGAGCUUCUCGAGAAACUUCAACGCAGUGGUGAAGUACCAUCGCAGAAGCUCGCUGCUCUUCAAAAGGUUCUCCAGAGUGAAUUCUGCAACGCUGUACGAGAAGUGUACGAACAUGUCUAUGAAACUGUCGACAUCUCCGGAAGCCCCGACAUUCGGGCUAGCGCUACAGCCAAGGCAACAGUGGCAGCAUUCGCAGCAAGUGAAGGCCACGCACACCCACGAGUUGUGGAGCUGCCCAAGACUGACGAGGGCCUUGGCUUCAACGUGAUGGGGGGCAAGGAACAGAAUUCGCCGAUCUACAUAUCGCGGAUCAUCCCAGGGGGUGUGGCUGACCGUCAUGGGGCCCUCAAGCGUGGUGACCAGCUGCUCUCUGUCAACGGUGUGAGUGUGGAAGGUGAGAACCACGAGAAGGCAGUGGAGCUCCUGAAGGCAGCCCAAGGCACUGUCAAGCUGGUCGUUCGCUACACCCCUAAGGUACUGGAGGAGAUGGAGAUGCGAUUUGACAAGCAACGUGCCACUCGUCGUCGGGUUAACGCCUCUUGAAUGUUCUCGGGAGUGGAAACAGGACCUGUCUAGACACGACGAUGCAGCAUUUUGAUCUACUUGCCUUUUCUUUAUGUAACCUACAUGUCUUUUGUGCAGGGGCGGUUUUUAACACUGUAGGAGUGCAGACGUUGGAAUUAUAGAUUUUGUAGAGAUGUUACUAGCGACAGAAUCAAAUGUAUAGAUUGUGCAUAGACAUGCAAGAUAUUUUUUUGCUACCAGGCUUUCUUUUUACUCACUGACCUCAUCUUGGCUUUCUUUUUUGCCACAUACCUAGUGUUGUUGUGUUGCAAGCUCUAAACAACACAUGUAACAAUUUAGAUAGAUCUGAUGUCUAUGCCAAUCCUAAAGAAACAGCUGCAUUAUGUUGAGCUUUUCUCGCUUCUCUGUUGAGUUGCAGGCAUUUUCAUGUCUCAAGCUCGUUAGGUGAUAAUUUUGUCACACCCAAUGUCAUCCGUGCACCCCUCUUUAGAUGCAACAUUAGUGCAAUUGCAUUGGGUUUGACAGAUUGAAAAACUAACUCAAAACUUGUUAGCAAAUCAUUAAUGAAUUAUUGUAUCCUGGCAGCAUUAUAGUGCAUAAGCAAUGGGCAUAGUGUCUAUGUUUUUGGGAAUGAAACAUGAAAGUUUCAACGUCUUCAGUCCUUUAAGGCUGUGCAAUGUUUUACGUUCAUCAUUUUACUGUUGUGCAAGUCUCUUGUGCUCACCAAUGUGUUAUCCAUACACGGUAAUGCUUCUGUAGUCCAGCUGAUUUUCUGCACGCACACUGCUUGCAGAUUCAUCAAUAAGUAGUUGGUUAACAAAUAAUGGUCAGCACUCUUCCUGGCAAUAGUUCUCUGAAAUGCUGAAGUCCUAUAGGUUGUGUACUUCUAAGGGUGGUUUGCUUACACUUCCAUUGGUUCUAGUUGCUGUUUCCUGUUCUAGAGUGGUGGUUGCUGUCAAAAGCAAAACCUAAUUGGUAUUGAAGCUGGAUGAACCUCCACAUUCCACCUGUUUCCACAAAUAAGAGCAGCUUAUGUGCUGCCAUUGACAACUGCAAUCAGUGUGAGAAGGCUAAUCUAACCGUCUCUCUAAGUGUGAUAUACAUCAAGCGAUACUUUAAUUCAGUAGUCCUUAUUGUAGCCUCAUGCCAGUAAAUCAUUGGUCGACGCUGUUCAAUACUAUCUUAUGAUAGCACAAACAUGACAAGAUAAAAGCAUCGGUACACAUAAGGGGCAUCACAUUUCUUUAUGUUCAGGCGCAUCAUUUAUGGCUGGCUUAACACAGGCAUGGCCCUGCAAGCCAGUACAGGCAUUCACACCCUUGUCCGUAGACUUGAGAAAGUAGCUUCAGAAAGGUAGUGCAAUGUUUACUUCCUCAUUCUUCAGUAUUCUCUACAAAAUGCAUAAUGUUUAUCAUAUGAAGGAUGCUAGAUAAUUUUGAAGUUGCUUGCUUGUAUAUUGAAUAUGGCCUCGUUUUGGCGUUCCCUGUGAGUAGUGGUUGCGUCACUAAAACCUGAUUAAGCACAUAUGUCAGAGAAAAAUGUUAAUAAAAUGUGAUCUUCACUCUUGUGAUUGAACACAAGGCUUUAUGAAUGUUAUGCGAGAUUAAUGUCAGACAAAAACUAGUAUCUUGAAUUAUGGAGACUGAACUUUGCCCAUAGAUGUUAUGUACCAGUCGUUACCCAUCUUGUACGUUACUGAUUGGCAUUACUGAUCUUGCUCUGUGACCAUGUGUGGGCUUUACAUACGCAUUAUCACUACCAUGUUCCCUUUCUUUUUGUAUUCAUAAAUUUGCAUAAAUGAUUGGCAUGUACGCAUUGUGCCAGUAUGAAAGCGUACACCAGACUUGUUUUGAAAGCUGAUAAUUUUUCUUUUAGCUGCACUGAAAUGAUAGAAGAGCUCCAUGAGAGGGAUUCUUCAGUGCAAGUAGUGGUACUAUAAAGCAGACAGCAGUCAGUGCGGCUCUGACUUAUCGAAUGUUUGAACACAGAGGAAUGUUUUUCCUCACGUUGCUGUAGAGUGUACAUGCAAACAAAGUGUUUUUCAGCUGUAGCAAUCUGGCCUGUGGUAACAUUUCCCAAAGCAGCAUGUUCACAGUCUAGUUUCAUCACAACUAGCCUUCCUCACCUGUACAUUUUAUAAACCAUGAGUGUAUAUACACACUUACCAUUUGAUUGAGUUCUUGUGGCUGGGAUUUUGUCAGUUUUUUUUUUCAUUUCAUAAGUAAUGUUCUUUGUAGAGGCAUUUCAGCCUGCUGCUCUAAGUUAUAAUAUGGUAUGAGAUGUGUUAUUAUUGCCUGGAGGGCAAUGAACAGUGGAAUUUCACUAAGUUUGACUGAUGUCACUACUAUGUGUAUUACAGGCAUGUGCAGUAAAGCCCUUCCUAUAUGUUUUUAAUGGGACCACAAGUGCAGAAUACUAGAAGACAAGAAACAUGAGUACAUGUUAGCAUCACAGGUGCUGGACCUCAGCAUCAUUAUAACUAUGAAGAGGCAUCACCAGAAUAUGUAAACUGGGUUCUACUAUAUUGCUUUUAAGCUGGCCUCGUGGACUUUUACUAAUGAAUAGUAUGUAUUGCAGUGGACAAAACAUUACAAAGCAGCUGAGUUGAACCUGUUUUGUUGCUUGUUAGUCUGUCCAAAAGUAACCACGGUGACAUGCUGGUUUUGCCUAAUAUUUCCAUGAUCACAGUUACUAUGGGCUGUAAAUUAUGGCAAAAGUGGCUGUGCUGUUUUUGUAAGACUGCUGCUCAUUAAAGAUUUACACAUGUUGUGA